AUGGAGUACUUAAGUGGCGGUGACAUACAGACAGUUCUUGAAAAAGAUCAUCACCUUUUACCAGCUGAACAGAUACGCAUUUCUAGCGAAAUCUUAAGUGCUCUAUCUUAUUUACAUAGAAGAGGUAUUAGCCAUAGAGACAUCAAACCUGCUAAUAUCAUGUUUGAUAAAGAUCUUCAUCCAAAACUCAUAGAUUUUGGCCUUUGCCGCGAACUGUCAGGACAUCUCUCAACCAUAUGCGACACCUAUACACUUAUGGCACCUGAAAUAAUAAAAACAAGUGAUUAUGAUGGAACUAAAGCUGAUAUUUGGUCAUUCGGGGUUUCUCUUCAUAUCUUGGCAACCGGGACAUAUCCUUUUCAGUAUCACUCAGAUUCUCAAUAUAUUAAGGCAGUAAAAACGAAUCAAUUGUGCAUCAAUAUUAAAGCACAAGGUCUUAUUGGAAUUGUUAUUCGAGAAUGCCUUAAACUUGAUCCUUGCACUAGAAAGAACGCAGAUGAAUUGCUUGAUUUAAUUAAGGCUCAAAAUAAUCAUGUCCAAGCUAGUUCUCUUUUGAAUAUAGCCAACGGAAAACGCAGAAAUACGUUCCAUAAUAUUUCAAUUUCAAAGAACUUAAGCAUAGGUUCGUUACCUUUCCGCUCAAGAUUAGGUUCUAAUCGUUCAUUUUUUUAA